AUGGAUACUACCCGCUACGAGCAUAUUCUCUCUGGAGAUGUCACGAUACCAAUCGAAACACCUCAACUGGCCUCCAUCACAGCUUCAUUCUCACCACAACCCCACGGUCCCCGGAACAAUAGUAUUCCUAUGUCCAUUCCCCCCCCUGCUCCCCCUUCCUCCACCCCUCCCCUCCCCGCUCCUCCAAACCUCUGGUCACCUGCCAACUCCAUUCGAUAUGCAACUGAGCCAUCUCAGGGCUACGGGCGCCUCCGUCAUCUAGACCGUAUGAAGCGCGAACAACACGUCCUAGCAGCGCAUGAGCCCCUGGUUAUGAAAUGGGAUAUGCAAGAUCUCAGUAAGAUUAUCGAAGCUCUUGAAUCAAGCAGCAAAGGUCCCCAGAAACAAAAGAAGCCGUGGCAAGACAAAAGAGACGAACCAGCUUCAAAAUUCGAUCCGAGAGCACCACAUUUUGAUGUGGUUUUGAUUGAUCUAACGAACGCAUCAGAGAGCCUGUACGUCAAGUGUACAGAGAGUGACAUUGACGACAGUAACCUAGAGGAUCUAGGGGAAGCCGAGUUACCACAAAAAGAGGGAGAUGGGGGGAACGAACCUCACGAUAGCCCUGGGAAUAAUAAUGCCAGGGGUGAUAGAGUGAGAAAGGACAUAAAUAAUCUAUCAAUGGAGAGCCUAGCAGGUCGUCCUGGGUGGUUGUUUCUAUGGGUCGGUACCACGGAGAAUAUACCAGAAGGUAGACGCAUAUUAGGAAAAUUCGGCUUCAGAAAGGUUGAGUGCAUAGGAUGGAUGAAAACUACCAAUGGAACUUGGGACAAGGUCAUAAUACCCGAGGGUGAAUAUCUUUCCUCUGAGCCUGCCGGAAAUGGUGUUCUCCGCCGUGGGCUCGAAUGGUGUUUAGUGGGUGUCAAGGGGACAGCAAAACGCACCUAUGAUUCACAUCUCAUCCACUGUAAUGUCAGUACAGAUGUACUAGUCUGUGACGGCUCAUGUUCUCCAAAGUCCUCGUUGCUCUCGAGGAUUAUCGAGAAUUUUUCCAUGGGCCAACGUCGCCUUCAUUUAUUUGCUAAGCCUGGAGAUGAGCGCUCUGGAUGGGUAUGCGUUGGCAAGGACUUCACAGAAACCACUUUCGAUUGUAGGAAGUACAUGAGGUUCUGGGAGGAAAAGGGAAAACACGGAUGGUUAAUGCCGUUUGACGCAGAGAUCGAAUACUUUCGUCCAAAGACCCCUCCACUGCAAGUCCGAAAGCGUGAACGCACUGGUUUAGGCUUAAGCAUCGCCACUAAAACUUCCCAUAGUUCAAUCAAUAACAGAGGAAAGUGGGAAGAUGAUCCUCCAAAGUUCUUUCACAAUGGCCAGAGAAAAAGACCAGUUAUGCGUUAUACGUCCCCGGAAGAUGACCCCAAAAACCAUAAUAAAUUUCUUGUCCCCAUCAGUGGCAAUAGGGGUGCGGAUCCUGCUUCGGAAUCCACACAAGUCCCGAACCAGUCCGUGCCGAAAAUUCGACUCAAUUACCAAAAUUCACAUGUCACUCAACUCAGAAGUGCUUCUGAGCCUAACCCAGGCACACAAGGGGUGCAAUUUCAUCCAUCUCCCAGUGCUAGGAGCUUUAGUCCGAAUUCUUUAUCAAGGAAAGCUCAAGGGAGCACAAGCAAUCCUACAAUGACCGAUAUUCCGUCACAGAAUACUAGUUCUGUAGCAUCUUCAACUGGUGGAGACUAUUAUUUCUUGGCUAGCGGUCUAAUCCCGAAUAAGAAAUCGGAUAUUCCAUCGGAUAAUAAGGAUUCUGCUCCAAAGCCAUAUCAGCAGUACCUCCUCCAGUCAUCCAAACCGACUAAGCCCAGUCUGCCCAGUUCUCGUAUUCCCUCAGUCGGUUCUCAACAAGGGAGUAGGAAUAUACCUAGUAACUCUACUAGUAACCCCCCUUCUCAUCAGUCAAUGUCAAGAUCAGUGUCAUUGCAGUACUCUUCUCCUUUGGACGUUCAUCCCGCACACCCUCAUCAAUCCAGUCAUUUCCUCGCGGAGCCUAGAGAAGCCAAACCAUCCCAUUCAGCCGUUACUGUCUCUCUUCCCAUUCCAGCUUCUACUGCCGAGUAUCGACACAAUCCACCACCACCGGGCCUUUACCACCAGAAUCACAUGCCGCAGCAGCAGCAGCAGCAGCAGAUGGCCAAUGCGUACCCGGCCCAUCAGCUUCAUCCCCAACAGACCCAGCAGUUACAACCACAGCCACAAUUCGGACAGCAUAAUGCAAACGGAUUCCAGUAUUAG